GCCGAAGACGGCCCAACAGGGCACCAAGAGCGCUCAGGAUGGCCUCCCGUAAUUAGCCAUUUUGGCUCAAGACGGUUGAGCGGCCAUGAAUGGCUGAACGGCCAGCUCGAUCAUCCGGGUAUUGAAAUAUAGGUAUGUGUAUCUCAUCGUCGCAUCAUGGUGUUGCACCAUGGUGCGCAAAACAGUUUGCAGUAGCGCUAUUGUUGUUUUCUUCCCCUACUUGUACUACGUGUGCCGUAGGAGCCGCAAGGGCCAGCCUAGAUACAUUAGAAGUGCGCGAGCGUGCGGGGCACAUCGAUGUGGCCAUGCUGCAGGUCUCUAUGAAUGAUUUGUCGUAUGAGGUGCAGAACGCGACGGAGCGUUCCGAACGGUGGCCUCGUGGCUGGCUGUCUUCACGCCAUCAUCGAGGAGUGAGCCGAUCAUCUGAGCCAGCACGAGCAGCUGCGACACCAUCGCCGACCGCCUGCGUAGAUGCCGACAACGGUGCUACGAACAGAAUGGGCCGCUCGUGUGAAGCCUACACGCACGACGUGGAUGCGCCGUUCUCGGGUAUCUGCUUCGACCCUUACUAUGACGACGGGGACUUCUCCUCGGACAUGUGCUGCGCGUGCCCGCGGGAGUGCCCCGCGCACGACCGUCCCGUCGACGCAGUCUGCGAGGACUGGAUCGAGUUCAGGGAGUCGAACGACGAUGGCGAGGGGAGGACCUCUCACUCCAACCUUGCUGGACUGGGCCCUGAUUUUGGCAAGCCCAGGGAGCUCAGGUAUUAUGGAGUCGGACAGCUCGCAAACGGGGUUCACAUCGAUGUAGCGUUCGUCAAUAUAUCCGAUUAUAUUCCGAGAACUACUAGCUGGAACAAGGUUUCUGGGUCUCAGGCAACUGUGAACCUGCUUGUCGGGGAAUUUGUAAAUCUGAAGGCAGAGUUUGUGAGAAACCAUACCUUCUGCCCUGAGACGCCACACCUGCCAAAGAUUACGUUCUGUGACAUUGACCACUACGAGGAUGGGGAGAACGAGGUCUUAUGUCUCGACGGUGUCAAUGCUAUCUAUACGGUCGACGAUGGCAUUGAUUUUGAUCUGGAUUUGUUCGAAUUCAAUACUCUCAGGGAUGGAACUCGGGUCCCAUUGACAUACACAACAUCUUCCAUCCAGACAUCGAUUCCAGGCAGGACGUCCAGGAAGUACGUCUCUAGUUCUGGCGAAAAAUUUGCGGUCCAGGCAACCUCGCGGAUGUUCGGCCACGCUUGCGACAACCCGCAAGACUCAAACCAGCUGAUCAACAUCACUUGCCCAGACGCGUCGGCCGCGACCGUGGACCAGGCAAAGCGAUGCUUCAUGGUCGAGUUCUUCAACGUCACCGAGUUCUUUGUCAGAUUCAAGAUAUUGUCGAGCAUGCCCGACCACUACAUCCAUGUUUGGGGCCGCAAUUUCGCAAUGUCCGGAACUUCUUCAUUCUUUGCCGACGAGUCGACCGCGCCGACGGCGGCGCCGACAGCGACGCCGACAGCUGCACCGACUGCUGCACCGACAGCGGCACCGACAGCGGCGCCGACAGCUGUGCCGACAUCGGCACCGACUGGUUCACCGACAGCUGCGCCGACUGCGGCCCCGACAAAGGCACCGACAGCCUCGCCGACAGCUGCACCAACAGCUGCGCCGACAGCCGCGCCGACUGCUGCACCAACAAUGGUGCCGACAGCGUCGCCGACAGCUGCCCCAACUGCUGCGCCGACAGCCACGCCUACAGCGGCGCCUACAGCUGCACCUACUGCGACACCGACUGCCUCGCCGACUGCGGCCCCGACAUCUGCGCCGACUGCGGCGCCGACUGGUUCGCCAACCGCUGCGCCCACGGCUGCACCAACGAGGGCACCGACCAGUUCACCGACAGUUGCGCCGACUGCGGCGCCGACUGUUUCGCCGACUGCGGCGCCGACAGCUGCGCCGACGGCUGCUCCGACGAGGGCCCCGUCUGCUUCGCCGACAGCUGCGCCGACUGCAGCCCCGACUGGUUUGCCGACCGCUGCGCCGACUGCGGCGUCGACAGCUGCGCCUACAGCGGCGCCAACAGCGGCCCCGACUGCGCUGCCGCGUGUGAGCGCGUCAGGCGAUCCGCAUCUUGUUAAUGUGGCAGGGCAGCAUUUCGACGUGAUGAAGCCUGGAGCCCACGUCCUCCUCCUCGUGCCCCUCGAUGCGCGUCCGCUGUCUACGCUUCUUCGUGUGGAGGCCGACGCGCGGCAGGUGGGUGGCGCUUGCGCGGACACGUACUUCUUGAGCGUCAACAUCACUGGGAAAUGGGCAGAGUCCAUAGUCCACAAUCACAAGCUAGGCAGUGGUCACGGGCUGAUGUUCAGCGCAGGCACUGGGGCAUCCCACACGGGCACAGAGUGGAUGUCUUUCGGAACUAUUGCCCUGAAGGUGGUCCAUGGCCGCACCAACGAGGGCAUAGCAUACCUUAAUUUUUUCGCUCGCAAUCUAAAGCGAGCGGGGUACCUUGUUGGAGGUCUUUUAGGGGAGGACGAUCACAGCGAAGCUGCCACCCCUAUAGAUGAAUGCAGACACGUUUUUGACGUCUAGUUAGUACUUCCAGUGCACGGUGCUUGGCCGGGACACUGCACUAUUAUCUUCCCCGCGUUGAAGGGGUCUUGCCGGACGUUUGACAGGUUUUGGUGAAAGUUCACGGCCGAUUUCUUCGGUGGGCGGCGGUGGGACCAGGAGGAGUGUUUUCACGUGCUCCGCCAGCUGGCGUAACAGCACAUGCAUUUCAUGUUUUAGGGUUGCGUUCUCUCUGUCCUCCGUCUCGCCUCGACCUUCCCGAGAGUGCUCCGCCACCUGCCGUGACAGCGCGU